AUGGCAGGCCCGAUUGCGGCCUCCACCAUCUUCGUCUCCGGCGCUCUGCUGGCGAUUUGUGCCGCUGCCGCCGGCGCGGCUAUGAAGCUUGCGCUCCAUCGAAAUGCCGGAGCGGUCGGCGAUGAGGCACCAACUGCCUCCUCGGGAAAGUCGACUCGUCUUCUGUUCACGAUCAGCGCCGUGGCGGCCAUUGCCGUGGACAGCUUCGUCGAGGUCAUCACGCUGCCCAUCUUAGCCCACGCUGCCGAGGGUGAGUACUCCGUGAUGUUCUUCUUCGCGCGACCUGUGCUAGGUUUCGCGACCACGGCAGCACUGUUCCCCAUUCUCCGUACCCGAAGCGCUGCCGCCGCGACGCGGCUGAGCGCGGCCGGUCUCGCGAUGCUGUCUUUGCCAUGGGCAGCUGUCGCUUUCAAAACGGAGCCAGGAUUAUGGGUGGGCAUUUGCUAUCAUGUCGGAGCCGUUGCAAGUGCCCUCGUGAAGGUGCCAAUCCUUCACUCCCUGCUGCUUGCCGGGCCUUGUUGGGCAGGUUGGCGAGCGAGCGCGGCUUUCUUCGGCGCCCUCCUUGGCCCGUCCCUGGCCGGGCCUCUUUCGUCCUGGACGGACGAGGACUCGCUGAUGGCGCUGCUGGUAAUUGUCGGUGGCGUGACCUGCGCAGCGCAGCUCUGUGCAGCAGAGACGCUGCACGGACCGGUGGAGUCAGAGGACCCCGGUGCGGACUUGAGUAGCGAGGAGUCUGGUCAUUUGCUGGCAGGCUCGGCAGUGGCAACGCUUCUGCUGUCGGUUCAAGGCGCCCUAGUCCCCCUUCUUAUCCGCUCCUCCUCGAUGGCUGCUGGCGGUCUGGAGGUUGUCUCCGUGAUCCUGACAGGCGCCGGGCUUUUCUUGGCAGCCUGGUUGGCACGUCGUCUGGCACCACGGGGCGUGGUGCUGUCCCUGUUCCUAGCAUCUGCGAUGGCCGCUCUGGCUCUUCGAGGGGUCUUGCGGAGCCUGGGGGUGGCGCGGAGUCACGAGCUCACUUUCGCACGUCUCGCGCUGCAGACAGCUCUGGGAGGCCUGCUCGGCCUCGGUGUUUCACUGCCCACGAGGCUCAGAUAUGCCGCUGCGCCUGCUACCGCUGAUGCUCUCCGAAGUUGUGGACUCGCUGCAGCCGCCUUCUUCGGAGAAUGCUUGGGCUUAACGCUGCAGCUGCUGCUCCUCCCUGUCCUCGGUGCCGAGCUCACUCUCUCAGCCAUGGCGAUGGCUCCCCUGAUAUACAGCUUUGCCAUGAUCCUGCGGCUCCCCAAGGCAGGGCGCAGCAAAAUUGGCGAAGAUGAUCUUAGCGACACGCUGGAUUUGUCAGAGCGCCGGGAGGUCACCAAGUACGUCCGCGGCGCGAACUCAGGAAGAACCAAGGCUGAGAGCAGCUGA